ACAACAACAACAUCAGCGGAGAAGAAGAUGGCGGAGGAUGGGGAAGAAGAGCUGGUGGCCACUGACGAUGACUCAGAGAAACAGGGACGAUUAAACCACGCGAUUGUGGAUCAGGGCUGCACCCUCCUGCGCAGGAUGGAGAUCUGUGUCGCUGAGGCUGAGAAGAGGAAUGGCAAAAAUGCAGUCAACAUGCAAGAGAUGUUCACCGUGUACCUGAUAGAAACAAGGCCAAUGGAUGCAGUGGCUGAAGGUCGUAACCUCAGCCCCGACUCUUUGUGGAGGCGCUACAGUGAAUUUGAGCUGCUGCGGAGUUACCUGGUAGUUACCUAUCCGUACAUCGUGGUUCCCCCUUUGCCUGAGAAGAGAGCUGAGUUUGUGUGGCACAAGCUCUCAGCAGACAACAUGGAUCCGGACUUCGUAGAGCGCCGCAGGGUCGGGCUGGAGAACUUCCUACUUCGCGUGGCUUGUCAUCCAGUCCUCUCCAACGACAAGAUCCUCUACCACUUCCUCACUGAGGAACGUGGCUGGAAAGAAGUGGUGUAUGAGACGGGAUUUCAGGCAAAGGCUGAGUCCAGACUGAAAGCUCUCAGUGCCACCUUUCGGGUCAGGAACACAGAUAAACGCUUCGUGGACAUGAAACACUACAGUGACGAGCUGCAGUCUCACACAUCCCAGCUGCUCCGAGCGAGAGCGAGAGUUGCUGACCGACUCUAUGGUGUAUACAAGGUCCAUGGGAACUAUGGGAGAGUCUUCAGUGAGUGGAGCGCCAUAGAGAGAGAGAUGGGUGAUGGACUGCAAAGCGCUGGUCAUCACAUGGACGCAUUUGCUGCCUCUAUAGACGACAUCUUAGAAGAAGAAGAACAUUAUGCAGAUCAAUUAAAAGAAUAUCUCUUCUAUGCUGAAGCUCUGAGGGCGGUGUGCAGGAAACACGAGCUCACCCAGUUUGAGCUGGAGAUGGCUUCUCAGGACCUCAUUUCCAAGAAGCAGCAGCGUGAGGAGCUGGCUACAGGGAUCGUACGGACGUUCUCCUUUAAAGGAAUGACCAACAAGCUGUUUGGACAAGAGGCGCCUGAGCAGAGGGAGGCCAGACUGAAGCUGCUGGAGGAGAUGAUUGCUGAGGGAGAGGAAACGGUCAAAGAGAAGACAGUCGAGUGCGAGGAGCACGUUGAAAGAGCCUGGGUGGAUAUGCAGCGCUUUGAGGAGCAGAAAGACAAAGACCUGCGGGAGGCGCUCAUCAACUACGCCGUCAUGCAGAUCAGCAUGUGCAAGAAGGGAAUACAAGUGUGGGGUAAUGCCAAAGACUGUUUCCUGAAGAUGUAAAGGAGGAAACAUUUAUUCCAGGGUGAUAAUGCAAGUGAUGAUGAGGACGAUGACAGUUCAGAUUUAAAAACAACCUCACCAAUGUAAGGAUGAAUGUGUGUGUAUAUGCAGAUGAUGUGCAGUUAUGAAUCCGAGAGCACAAAGGUUUUAUAGUCCGUAAUUUAUUUCUAAAACACCUUUUUUUUAAUCCUUUAAAUAUCCUACAACCCAUAAAUACAUACAGUUGCUUGGACAAACAAAACAACAUAAACAACUUGCAACACUGUAAUAAAGGCAAGCAAUCCUUGUGACCGUAAUGCGAAAUGUAAAUGCUAUGCUACUUUUUCCUGACCGCAUGUGCACUAGAUUUUUUUUCAUUUUUCCCUCCAGAUAAUAUUAUUUAUUUUUUGCUAUCAGAAGAGGAUUUCAACAAGUCUAAUGAAACACUGAAAAAUGAUGGAGUUAAGCUUUAACCAAGGUCCCUGUUCUUUGACCUUCACUGACCAGAACAUUUUGAUUUGAUGUGGUCAUGGUUUUAUUUUUUAACUAUGUUGGUUUUAAUUAAAUUAAAUGUAUUGACUGAAACAUGAAUCCUGUGCGUCCCAUGUUUCACAUGUUACUUAAAUAGUUUGAAAUGAUGUAACUUAUUUCCUGCAAUAAGCUCUGUGACUGUACUUACAAACUUUCGUAUUCACAAAUGAAAUGCUCAGAUUGGAUGCAGCUUUAACUCGUUUUAUUUGUAUUUAAAUAAAAUGUGUCACAUAA